GCAGUGCUGAUCAGGGGGGCCGCUCAGGAGACCGACCCCACCAUGGAAGAGGAGCAGAGUGGAGCGGUGAGUGUGAGUGCAGUGCUGAUCAGGGGAGUCGCUCAGGAGACCGACCCCACCAUGGAAGAGCAGCAGAGUGGAGAGGUGAGUGUGAGUGCAGUGCUGAUCAGGGGGGCCGCUCAGGAGACUGACCCCACCAUGGAAGAGCAGCAGAGUGGAGAGGUGAGUGUGAGUGCAGUGCUGAUCAGGGGAGCCGCUCAGGAGACUGACCCCACCAUGGAAGAGGAGCAGAGUGGAGCGGUGAGUGUGAGUGCAGUGCUGAUCAGGGGGGCCGCUCAGGAGACCGACCCCACCAUGGAAGAGCAGCAGAGUGGAGAGGACCUGUCUUGUUGUCCAACCUCCCCAGCAUCGUCACAGGAGGAGAUUCACAGCCUCCCUGCCCUCCCCCCGAACCUCUCGGAUGUGGAUGCAAUGCAGCUGCUGUGGGAGGUGAAGAUGCAGCGCCGGCAGCAGUGUCCGGAUCUCCCCGAGACGGUGUCGAGGCUGCAGGGGGAGGACGGCAGCGUGGUGUACCUGGUCGGGACGGCACACUUCAGCGAGAGCAGCAAGCAAGACGUGGUCCGGACGAUCCAGGCGGUGCAGCCGGACGUGGUUCUGGUUGAGCUGUGUCAGUACAGAGUCUCUAUGCUGAAAAUGGAUGAGAAAACGCUGCUGAAGGAAGCCAAAGAAAUCAACCUGGAGAAGGUGCAGCAAGCCAUCAAGCAGAAUGGAGUGAUGUCAGGGCUGAUGCAGAUCCUGCUUCUCAAGGUGUCGGCUCACAUCACUGAGCAGCUGGGCAUGGCGCCAGGGGGGGAGUUCAGGGAGGCCUUCAGAGAGGCUGGCAAGGUGCCCUUCUGUAAGUUCCACCUGGGGGACCGGCCCAUUCCUGUCACCUUCAAGAGAGCCAUCGCAGCGCUGUCCCUGUGGCAGAAAAUGAAGCUGGCCUGGGGGCUGUGCUUCCUCUCCGACCCCAUCAGUAAGGAGGAUGUUGAGAAGUGUAAGCAGAAGGACUUGCUGGAGCAGACCAUGUCAGAGAUGAUCGGGGAGUUCCCUGACCUGCACCGCACCAUCGUGGCUGAGAGAGACAUCUACCUCACCUACAUGCUGAAACAGGCAGCCCAGAGAGUGGAGCUCCCUGCACUGCAAGAGAAGGUCCCGGCAGUGGUGGUGGGCGUGGUCGGGAUGGGUCACGUUCCUGGGAUUGAGAGAAACUGGGAUACACCACUCAACAUCCAGGAGAUCAUGAGUGUCGCGCCCCCCUCCCUCUCCAGCACUGUGGUGAAGACGGUUCUGAAGGGCUCGGUUCUGGGGAUUCUGGGAUACGCGUGUUACCGGGCCGGCUCUGGCGUGGGUCGAGUUCUGCUGUCAGUGCCGGUGGUCCAGACCUUCAUGAGACGCAUCGUGCCCAGUGGGCCCUGACCGGACCGGACAGCACUAACGGGCGCAGGAGCAGAGACUCUUUUAUUCUUGUAGUUUACUGGGUUAUGAAUAAUAACUGUUUGCCUUAAUCCUACUGGCUGUAGGUCCCUUAAUUACCUGCAGGGAGCGCCUCUGUCUCAGGAAGAGGAGGGGUUUACCAGGACACGCCCCCUUCUCUGUGUGGACACGCCCCUUUUCUAAACUGCCUCUUGUGCCAAAAUUUGUCCGGGUGUAGGUUACAGUUUGAACACCUGCACAAUAUUUUAAUGUGUUUAUUUUCUAUAGUAGUACAUCCAGAAAGUUUCCUUUCCUUUAAUGCUGCAGAGCUGAACCCUUUAGAGAUUCUAAACCUCACGGGCCGUCUCAGCCAAUCCGCCUCCCUGUAGAGCGCUCGCUGCCCCCCCAGUGGACGCCCUCUGGAAGCAAUGCACUUCAAAAUAUAAUCAAAUCACUGGAAUUGAACUGAAACACGAUGGAAAAUGUCUUGAUACACAGAAGCAUGUGUUGCAUUAAAGUCCUCCGCAGACGUGGUGUUGGGCUGCGUUCCCUCUCCUCGCUCUGCACACUCAGUUAUCUGCAGGGAGAGAGAUCUCCAAGGGUUUCCAGCUCAGAGUCAAAGAACACUGUAUUCAUCGGAAAGCACAGUUUACCGCUGUGGACACACAUUUAUUUUCACAAUUUCACUAAGAAUGUUCCAGACUAACCGUACGCGGUUCAAAUCCCUCACAAUGUGCCUCCCCCCGUGUGUCUUAGAGGAAGGGGGGCAGGGGGGGUCAUUGAGCCGUGCGUCUGAGAGGAAGGGGGGCAGGGGGGUC